UUGGAAAAGCGGGACGAGAAAUUUGAAAAUGGAGCGGAGAAGUGAUUUAACUAUCGCGAACUAUGUCACUUCCAUGCCACGGACGACGGCGAAGGCGGACUUUGUGGACCAUGGCACCCCAGAGGGCAGUUCUUCGGCAUUCUUCGCUGAGGUGGAGUCGAUAGCCGCUGGAUGGAUGCUGGAUUUUGCCUGCCGCUGCCUGUGCCGCCAUUUUUGCGAGGGCAACCAAAUAGACUUCGAGAGGAGCAGAGACCUGGCGCUGACUGUUAUUAAAGGGUUGGACAAAAUAGAAACUCAUCAAAGGGAAACAGUGUGCCUCUGUCAGCUGCUGACAUGUAUUGCCGAAGGUUGCAUAUUUGAUUCUGAUUUUGGAGAUGACCAAACACUUUCACCACUCGAAAAUGCUUUGUCGGUUUGGAUUUCAUUCCUAAAAACACAAAGCGAACAAGAUAAAUUGCAUAAAGAAAUCAAGAACUUAAUUCAGAUUCAGGCAGUCGCUAUAUAUAUGGAAAAAGGAUAUUUUCAGGAGGCUGCAGAAGUGAUAGAAAGACUUUUUCCAGAAUCUUCCUCCAAUGAGCCUUUAAGAAUGAAGCUUUCUGCAAUAUCAAAACAAAAAGAUCCAUAUCAUCCAUUUCUUCGAUUUUUCAGUUUUAAUCUUUUGAUUGAGAAAAUUAAAACUUAUAUCAAUAUUUUCUUGAAAAAAGAAACCAACAAUUUUUUACUGAAGGAAGCUACAAAAGAGGUGAAAACAAACAGUUCGGAAAACAUAAUGGUACCGAUACAAUGCAACAGUACAAUUGAAACAGACAAUAAAAAUCAUUUGAAAAACACACCAAACACCCUGCUAAAAUUACAUAAACAUUCCUGUUCCUUACCUGGUCGGACAUUUUGGAAACCAAGGCAGAUACAGAUUUCCUCCAUGCUCCAAAAUAUAAAACAAAAACCUCUUAAAUGUGAAAAAAAUUCGCAAAAUACUACAAACGCUCUACAAGAUGAGUCUCUGCUACCUUGUCGGAAGAAAAAGCCAUGGAAGUGGGAAGAUGACCAUAAAUUAAAAAGUGGUGUACGGAAGUUUGGAGUUGGAAACUGGAUGAAAAUUCUUCAGAAUUAUGACUUUGGUAAUAAAACCAAUGUUAUGUUAAAAGACAGAUGGAGAACUUUAGUUAAAUUAGGCUUGGUCUAAGUUAUUUUUUCAUCAGAUUCUCACCUUAUUUCUUACCUAUUUAUAUUUUGAUGAUGAUGUGAUGACCUUAUCAGGUGGUGUCAAGAACCAAUUUAUGCAAUUAUAGUUCCUAAAAUAGUUGGUUCUUGAAAAUCUAGAGGUGAUAAGAUGUUAAAUUGCAGGUCUAUUAUCUAGUUAUCUGAAUAAAGCUGCUUAAGACAAGCAAAUUAAUUUAACCUUUCAUUCUGGAGAGCUUGUAAGAUAUUCAGGUUAUUACCUUGCAGGAUCAUACAAAUACUGCAAAGAAGUAGAAUCUUAAGCAGACAAGUUUAAGAUUCAUGUUGGAUCUGUUUAAUAAGGACAUCUUCAUUGUUUUGUGCAAAGGGGACGGAGUCUAAAUUUUUCAGUGCAAGAAAUGCUUUAACCAAGAAAUCAUGCUUUAGACAUAGGAGUUUUUCUGCAACCCUUUCCAUAAUCUUUUUUAUAUGUCUCGGAGAUGGAUAAUUUGGCUACCUGUAAUGCUUUAUUGAGUAAACUAUUCAAAUAUGAACCCACUACGUUUAUGAAUCUUAAACUCUGGGCAACACGGAACUGAAAUGUAGACUGUACUUAUGGUAAUUUUAAGAAAUAUAUUGUUUUUAAGUUAAAUUCAGAGUGCUGCAUUUUUAAUUUGUUAGCUAUAUUAUAGUUUUUUGUGAUCAUUCGUAUUAAGUAACUUCUCCAUUCUUAAUCAGCGACUUCUAUUUUCAACAAUGUCCAAAGAACUACAUAGGAGCUGUAUAGUAUUUUGUGGGAGCAAUAUUUUGAAGAAUCUCAUGGAUAUAGGCAUUUAUUUCAAUAUCGGUCUUGUUUCAGAAAGUCAACUUUUUUUUACAGAUUUGGUUGUCAUUUGAUGUGAGGCUUUGACUAGUAAUAACAUUAGUUUUUAUAGCCUUGCAAGGGAUUCAUUCUCAAAUAGCAAAGAGUAGCUAAUCUAUCCUUCAGAUAAGAUAAGAUAGGAUAACCUUUAUUGUCAUUUUUUUUACUGUGAGCACACUGGUCCACAUUAA